AUGAUCAUGAUGCCUGACCACAUAAAUGGCUUCAUGACAACAUCAUUGGGCACAUGGGCUGAACGUGGGAUUUACGCCACCUCAAAGUUUGCCUGCCGCCCUUCGGAGCUUUUGAAUGUACUUUGUCACGGCCACAAGGGAAGUGCAGGUGUGAAAUGGCGUGAAGGAGAAAUGGCAGGGGGGAAAAUGAGGAGAAACACCUCAUCUGCUGUAUCCCAGGAGAGGACUGGGAGGAAGGAGACCAUCCAACCACAGGCAAAACUCCUUGACAUUCCAGAAUGGAAGCAUAAUACAACGUUAACUGCAAGGAUAAGAAAAGACAUACUGAAAUUUCUGGAUGCAGAAAAGGACAUUUCGGUUCUGAAGGGCAAACUGAAGGCAGGGGAUAUUAUUCAUUAUAUAUUUGACAGGGACAGGACCCUGAAUAUAUCCCAUAGUCUGUACGAGCUGUUACCAAGAACAUCGCCAAUGAAAAAUAAGCAUUUCAAAGAGUGUGCAAUUGUAGGAAAUUCUGGCAUUCUGCUCAAGAGUGGCUGUGGACAAGAGAUUGAUGAUCACCAAUUUGUGAUAAGAUGCAAUCUUGCCCCAGUGGAAGAGUAUGCACAAGACGUUGGGUUGAAGACCGAUUUAGUAACUAUGAACCCUUCGGUGGUGCAGCGUGCGUUCGAAGAUUUGAAGAACGAGACAUGGAAGGAGAAGCUGCUUCAUCGGCUAAAAAUGUUGGAUGGCGGAAUUCUCUGGAUCCCGGCUUUUAUGGCUAAAGGGGGAGAGGAGCGAGUAGAAUGGGUGAACAAUCUCAUCAUAAAGCAUAAACUCCAUGUGCAAACUGCUUACCCAUCACUGAGGCUCCUACAUGCUGUGCGGGGGUACUGGUUAACUAACAAGGUCCUAAUCAAACGCCCCACCACUGGCCUCUUGAUGUAUACUCUUGCCACUCGGUUCUGUGAUGAAAUCCAUCUCUAUGGCUUCUGGCCUUUCCCUAAGGACCACAAGGGAAAUGCAGUGAAGUACCACUACUACGACAGCUUGACGUAUGAGUAUAACUCAAGGGCUACUCCACACACAAUGCCACUGGAGUUCAAGACACUGCGAAAUAUGCAUCUCCAGGGUGCAUUGAAACUCAACAUCGGAGCAUGCAGGUUGACAACAUAG